CGCAACUUAGGCCAAUAUUUCCAAUCCGGUUAUCGUCCAUGAUUGGUGACGACGCCACCAAUUUCACCACCAAAGUCUUCUCAUCUAGGAUCGUGAUUUCGGACUCAGUCAUGCGAGGUACCACCUCCAUAGCUCCCAAAAAUCUUCGCCGGAAGAAGGGUUCAAAUUGCAGACUACGAAACAGAGAAAUAUAUGCGCCAAAGCCACAGCGAGCGGAGGAUUAGCCGCUGGUUGAUCCAGUUGACUCAAGUUUGCCAAGCCACCACGCCAAGACCCAGCAGGUCCCAACAGGACACCAAAUUGCAGCACUCCUCAUACAUCGAGGGCUGAAUAUUAUCAGCCUUCGAUGUAAACUCGCCUCGGCGCUAUUGUUGGACAGUAGUAGGGAAACAGGAGCAAGAGUUUCCGGCACUAUUUGCAUACGUAGAGAAUAUGGUAGACAACAGACUAUUGCUCUGAGACCAUUUGCAUAGUGAGCUCCCAUCCGAGAUUCGAUCUUGACGGGCGACUAGAAUUUGCCACUGACAAAUUUGACUUCUCAGGCUCAAGUAAUAUUAUAACUGAGGUAGAAGACGACGCCGUCAGAGAACUCAAAGUUAAUCUUUCUGUGAUUGACUCGAGAGAAGUGAUAGCAUUGGUCCCAUACGAGGCACCUGAAGUAUGGUGAGAGCCAGCGGUCCGACAGAUUCCUGAG